UAUUGGCCCGGGUCUCUUAAUGUGUGCCUCCAAAUCGCAAACAGUUAGAACUGAGCAUGGUGCACAGUUUGAUGCCAGAGACAAUCGCGGUUGCCAUGUUUGGCACUCAACUUGGGCCGCGAUUCGAGGCCCAGGCGGGCGGUAAUGGCUCCGUGCUGGACAAUGUGCUGCCGGACAUGGCGAGCCUUGUCAAUCCAUAUUGGAGCCGUUUCGCGCCCAUGGAUCCAACAAUGAGCAACAUUUUGGGCAUGUUCACCUUUAUUAUCCUAAUCAUCUCCUGCUGUGGCAAUGGUGUAGUUGUCUACAUUUUUGGAGGCACCAAAUCUUUGCGCACUCCUGCCAAUCUCCUCGUUUUGAAUCUCGCGUUCUCUGACUUCUGCAUGAUGGCCUCACAAUCCCCGAUAAUGUUGAUUAAUUUUUACUAUCAAACAUGGAUUUUGGGGCCAUUGUGGUGCGACAUUUAUGCCGUGUGUGGCUCAAUGUUUGGCUGUGUAUCGAUUUGGUCGAUGUGCAUGAUCGCCUUCGACCGUUACAAUGUCAUUGUGAAGGGCAUUAAUGGAACGCCGAUGACAAUUAAGCUGGCUAUCAUGAAGAUUCUGUUCAUUUGGCUGAUGGCAACAUUUUGGACAAUCAUGCCGCUAAUCGGCUGGAGCAGUUAUGUCCCCGAGGGUAAUUUGACCGCAUGCAGCAUUGACUACAUGACAAGGCAAUGGAAUCCACGUUCCUAUCUGAUAACUUAUUCGAUUUUCGUUUACUAUGUGCCACUAUUUCUAAUCUGUUUCUCGUACUGGUACAUAAUUGCUGCCGUUGCUGCUCACGAGAAGGCGAUGCGAGAACAGGCCAAGAAGAUGAAUGUCAAAUCGUUGCGCAGCUCCGAGGACUGUGAUAAGAGUGCUGAGGGCAAGCUAGCCAAGGUGGCUCUGACAACUAUAUCGCUUUGGUUUAUGGCCUGGACUCCGUAUCUGGUCAUCUGUUACUUUGGUUUGUUCAAGAUCGACGGUCUGACGCCGUUGACAACCAUUUGGGGCGCCACAUUCGCCAAGACCAGCGCUGUCUACAAUCCCAUUGUCUAUGGCAUAAGCCAUCCCAAGUAUCGUCUCGUGCUUAAGGAGAAGUGCCCACUGUGUGUUAUCGGCAAUACUGAUGAGCCCAAGCCAGAUGCACCCCCUUCAGAUACAGAAACCACGGCGGAGGAUUCAAAAGCCUAGGCAAAUAAAUAAAUAAUUAAGGCAAUUGCCCAAAAAGGGCACAAAAAUAAGAGAUAAAAGAAAACCAAACCAACUUAUCCGUAAAUGAUGCAAAAAUUUAAAAAAUAUAUCUAUUUCCAACCGAAAAUUAAAGUGAGUCAGGUAAUAUAAAAAAAAGAUUGUUAUUAUUAUUGAAAAAUAAACCAAAUGCAACUAUCUGUAAAUGAUGCAAAAAUGUACAAAAAAAAUAUAUAUAUAUGUAUGCAACGAA